CCAUGGCGCCCACCCGGUCGUACUGAUAUGUUCACAGUAUUCGGGACAAGAUUUCUUGACUUCUGAGUCUCCACUUGUGAUCAGCACUACUCAAGUGUGACCUAGCCUGUUACACUGAAAGACUCUAUGUAAUCGAAACACGUUGAUACCAUCUGACGUGUGAACAUUUACCGAACUGCGUCAGUGUGUUGUCAACCGCCAGUUACAGAUGUAUAGUUCUUACGUCAGUUAGUCAAGUCCUUGUUACUCAUCGAUGAGCAUAAGGCCACAACAACACCUCGCCAGCGAACCCGACUGGCCUUUAGCUAUGGCAACAGUAGUCCAGGUGCAUGAAAGAGAGUGUGCCGUGUGCACCAAUGACUUCACCACACCAAAGAUUCUACCCUGUGGUCAUCUCCUGUGUCGACAAUGUGUCAUUUCCUGGAUGGACUCGAAAUCCGACGCUGGUUGUCCUCUGUGUACCUGUCCUAUAGUAGAGCAUCAAGGCAAUUCAUCUCGAAUAGCAGCUGAUGUUGUCGACGCCCUACCUACAGACUCUGUGAUGGAAGCGAUAGUAGAAAGUGCGAGUAUACUGAUGAAUGAUGGCAUGUGCACUGCAUGUGAUGACCUCAAAGCAGAAUACAUCUGUAUGCAGUGUCUGGAGAGAAUGUGUGCAUCGUGUAUAAAGAUACACAAGAAGAUGGUAGUGAGCCGCAGUCACGAUGUGGAGAGUGUCAGCACUGUGACACCUGAACGUCUGGCUGCCAGCCGCCCUGCACUGUGUGCUGACCACGUCACCGAGAAGGCGGAGUUGUUUUGUGUUGACCACAACCUUGCUAUCUGUACGCCAUGUUUUUCUAACAAACACAAGGCCUGCCCAGAUGUCAAGUCUCUGGAUGAAAAAAUGAAGUCAGCUGAAGACGCAAUAAAUUCAUUGAGAGAAAAGUUGCUUAAAGCAGAGGAAAACCUGAAGCAAGCAAUAGACAAACUAAAUGUGCGCCUGCGAAGAGCCGAUGUCACUGAACAGCAAAACAUGGCGCUGCUGGACAAGACGUGUGACCGACUUCAGUCGAUGGUGGACGAGUGUCGGAAACAAGUGAAGAAACUAAUUAGUGAUUCUGUGUCAAAGUUCAAGAAAUCCUUGUGUGACGUCAAAAUCGAGCUGGAGAAACGUUUGGGGAAAGUGACGUCACACAAACAUCUCGUGACGCGAGCCACAACAGUCAGACCGCGUCCCGCGCUGAUACACGCAGCCCAGACUCUGACAGACAGGGUCAACAGCCUUGACCUCAGUGAUGAACUGCAAGCAGACCCUUUGGUGAUUUCAUCGCCAGAAAUAACGAAAUAUUGUGACGAUGUGGUGAAAGAUAUAAGCGAUGAACUAAUAGGCUUGAAAGGACAGCUUAUCGUUGAUGAACCACCAGUCCUUGUGUUCCACGAGACCUGCGGGACCAACAUUCGUCUGUCGAACUUCAGAAAAACCGCACGGAAGGUUCAACGUGACAAGGACAACGACGUUUUAAUCUUUUCACGUGACGCCAUGAUUGUGAACGUCUUGUAUGAAGUCAGAAUAGACGAAAUAAAUACUCCAGCAGAAUGCUAUGUAUACCUUGGUGUGACGAGAGUACUUCCUGCACGGCUCCCUCUGCCAUCUUGGUCUGAUCACCUGAAAGAUUCAGUCAUUCUUUGGGAAAAUGGAGUGCGCGACAAGGAUACCUCUACCAUGACUAAUGUCGUUAACGCUCUUGAAUUCCUCCAAGUCGGGAGUCGUGUUGGACUGUUGUUGGACUCAUCAAACAACCUUCACUUUUACGCCGAUGGAGACGACCAGGGUGUUGCAGCAAAAGAUGUUCCUCAGCCCUGCUUCGCCUUCUUUAACCUUAGCUACAAUGUCAUUCAGGUGACAGCCCUUCCUACUUCUGAGAGGACUUGAAGCACAGGUGAUAAUAAACAGAGAGAGAGACAAUAACAACAGUGAUAACACAUGUUGUCUAUGAUGACAUCGAGUCUGUCAAUGAUUUUAUUAGUUAACUGUACCCUGUGCUGCUGUUUGUUAAAUAAUUGAUGUAAAGAACUUACAAAAACAAAUAAUACGAAUCAAUGUAUUGCUCUGCACACUAUCUAACCGAAUAAAACAAUAAACUUUGUGUUAGCUGAUAUACCGUGCACAUUUUCCUAAUUUUUUCUAGUUACUAACUUCUUUGUGUGACUCGCUAUAGCAAGAAAGGUCAAGCUACAUUUACAGGACUUUAUCAUAGGUAGAGACUAUUUACAUUUGGGUUCUUCAAGCUGUUGUUUGUCAUGUACUUUUAGAAUAGUUUGUGUAAUUGAAAUAUCUUAUGUAUUUAUGAAGUUUUAAUUUACCAAGUCAUACGCCGUUUGUUGUAUGGUUAUCUUUUUCUAUACCUACAGACUAUUUUUUGUACCUUUGUUUCAAAGAUACCUUUGAGCCCUUGUUGAUGAAAAGAUAUGGACAUAAAAAAACAUCGUCGUGUAUGCUAAUAGACAACGUUUUAAUCACCGUUUAACCUUUUUCUGUUUUACGGACAUUGAUAAAUCUUUCAUCAGUUCCAUCAUGUCCUCUUCCUUGCUGAAUUUUCUUUUCUAGCUAAUGGACUAAAGAGCGUAAAUAAAUAAACAAUAAAUGUGAAUAAAUAGUAAAUAGUGUGGCAAUGUGUCUGUGCGGUGCGCGUGGUAAGGUGUCAUUGAAACUGUUACAUAGGUACACCAAAUUUAGAUUCUCCGUACAUUCACAUAAAAAUUGUGUUAUUGUGUAAAUGGUUUGACAUUUGUUUUGUAAAUAAUCUUUUUAUUUGCCAUACCUAGAUUUCCAUUUUAAAAUGUUUAUCUUGAGAAGAAACAGCAGAAAAGUAUUUCUUCCACAAGGAGCAAAUGUGGAGAAGGUCGUCAUUGGCGAGACCAUCCUAUAUUCACUUGCACAUAAAAGGUGAAGUGUGUUGAAAGGUUAUUACCUGUUGUUGAGUUUAUGUGAAGGGAUCUGAAUACACCUGUGCUUGUCACACUGGAACUUACUUAGGAAAACAGAUUUAUUGCACUAUAUUCAUCUUGGAAUCUCGGUUUAUUUCUCUAAUUGAUAUAUAACUGGGAAUCAAAAGUAUUGUGGGAACUUCGCUUCAAUUUACAGUUUUAUAAAGAGGACAGUUAGCAGCAUUACUAUAUUAAUACAUGUUUAAACAGGAAAUUCACUAAAAUAGAUAAAGCAGAACCAAGUGUUUUUGAUUUGUUUAAUUGGUUGAUUUGCUAUUUUUUAACUAUUUUCUGCUACGCUACGUACAAGAGAGGUAACAGAUUUUUUUUCAGAAAAAAACUGACAUUGUCAAAGAGAUUGCAAUGAGACAAAGUAAAGCAGCGAACAAAAAAGGAGAGUUAAUUGUAGGGGCGGAAGUUUGCGUACACAUCCAACUUUUAAUUUUUGUGACAGGCCCUUGACUUGCUCACUAAUAUUGAGGGUGUUUCUGAGUUCCAAACUGUUUCUGGUCCAAGACACGUUUGACUCAUGGAUACGGCCCCGGUCCUGAUCCUCAAUACAGUUUUCUAAACCUGUCACGUGACCUCCGGAAAAAAGAGCAGCAGCGUCCUUUAGAGUUACAUCCCUUUGAAGGAGGAGAGACUGAGAUUAGCACUGAUUCCUGGCUACUAUGACUUUCAAAUCAACGGCUUCCGCUGGCAGACGACAAGUUGUAGGCGAGUGACUGUCUCAUUACCCGUAGUUUCCAUCCCUCAGUAACCCCACAGUUUAGUGCGCCGCUAGUCAUUGGAGUGGACACUACUCAGUCUCUUCUGUCUGCAGGAUGUCCGUGUGGAACUCAUCUUCCACAGCAUCCAAGAAAGAGACUUUAUGUUGAAAGUAUUUAAAUAGCUGUGACAUUAAAGGCUCAGACAACCUUUUAGAUGUUGGCAGAUCUGUCACCUGCACACAAAGAGAAUAAGGAAUGAGGUAUCAACAAGAAAAAUAAUAUUAAAAUCGCUUAGAGUAAAGAAAAUCUGUAGAACCGUUAUUUAAAGGGAGGGAGGAGACUUCUUAUACCGUGAAUAUACUACUGUUACUACUGCUGCUACUACUUCUCCUACUUUUGAUAACGCGUAGACAGCUCUAUAUGCAAAACAACGAACAACAUCUAAGUACAAUAAAUAGAUAAUUACGUUUAGAACAGACAAGAAAUUGUACACAAACAAAUAAUCAUAGUCAUUGUCGCUUUUAACUUGAUUUUCUGUUUUAGUAUAACCCUUACAGUUAUGAAAACAGGAUUUUAACCGUGUUGAUGAAUAACAUGAUGUUUAUGUCUAAGACAUUGUAGAGGGCGCUAGUAUGUAGCCUGACUCUGGAUUAUUCGUCUUUUACACCUUUAAAUUGUGUUGGUGUCAAAAUAAACUGUUCUACUACCAACUCAUACAAGGGUGGAGUAAAUGGUUCUGAUUGUAUAGGAUGUCCUCCAUCGGUGUGUCAGUGACUGUGUACGAGAGACGUUUUCUCUGCCGUGACCCAAUGGGUCAAAGUUGCGAGGCAGACCUGUUAAUUCAAAUUCGAAACUUUCCGCUGUGACUGUAGCAUGAGAUCACUUGAACUUUGUGAUGUUGAUCUAAGUGAUAAUCCAACAAAAACAGGAAGAGG